GCCUUGUCUCCUGCCACUACUCGACGUUGAUCUCAGUGUUCAUGGUUUCAGAUUUGGGUCCGAGCUGCUCGAGCCUCGCAACCAGUUUGGUCCCAUAACACCGCCAAAUUAUCCCAGCCGUGACGCGUAUCUAAGGGACAGUAGCAGUAGAUGUACCCAGCGUCGGAUAAACGAAUCUCUUCUUGGCAUACAUCGAAUCAGGCAGAACCGUUUCAGCACGAAGAAAUGUUGGUAUAUGGAGAGCGAUCUCGGAUAAACUUCCUCCUGUUUCUUGAUGGACUAUGGCUUCGAAAGAGAUCUUACUUCGAGUCGGAUUACCAUGACCUGUGCACCAGCAAUACUUCGAGGAAACACAUUCUUAACCUUAAAACUCUCUCUGAUACAUUCCCACCCCAUACCCUCGAAAUAGCUCUUCCGAAGGAUGAAUUAACAUCAAUAUAAAAUAGAUGAAGGCUUUUUCAACUUGAGGGUCACGUGACCGAAUCGAACGCAACGCGAGCGUUCUGUAACGAUGGACACUCACCGUGGAUGUAACGUCGUUUGCGCUUGUCCAAGGAUGCCAUUAGGAUUAUUUUGUCAACCGGUCAGUAGGAUUAGUCGUGUGCUGUCGUCAGAUCCAACCAAAUUUUUCCUUCAUCAAUUUGGUCCACAAGAAUCAUCAUGGGACAUUUUCUGCACGCUCUUUUACCUCUGUAUCGAUGCUAUGCACUCGUUGAAUCCUUGAACCGUCUUUCGGCCCAGUUCUGUAUGUUGCUACUACACUAUUUAGAUUUUUCCGACACCCACAACAACAUCGGCGGGUGCAAGGCAUUUGACAUUUGGCUCUCUUGUUGUUUUCCAUGGCGAUCGGAACAUUUGAGACCUAUCCAUUCCAUUCCUUGUGCACUCCACAAUUCUCAAU